UCGCAUCUUCAGGCAGAGCGCUUGGCGCAUUUGGUCACAGCGAAACUGCCAGACCUCUUCUAGCUCCUGUCUAGUAGCCCUCAGCCAUCACCAUGUCGGCGCAAGCCCCAAAAACCUUCAACGCUGAAGAGGCGGACAAUCUUGAGGAUAUCGAGAAGCAGUUCGCCGUCAAGGUCGUCCAGCACAUGCAGACCUAUUGGUCCAUCCUCGAGAAGAUCAAAGGCUCGUCACUGCGCCUGACCAAGCUGGACGACGAGAUUUACGAGCACCUCAAGCGCGAUUUCCCUGAGUUCGACCCGUCCGAGACUAUCGACGAGGACAAGAUGAAGAGCAAGGAGGGCAAGGAGCGGUGGCGCAACUUCAUGAUGGUUUAUGAGAAGAAGGUCGACGACUACAACUUUGGCACCAUGUUGCGCGCGAAUCCGAAGUGGGAGUAUGGCGAGAAGGAAACCAUUUUCGUACCGAGGAUGCAAUUUUAUGCUGUCGAGAUUGCGAGGAAUCGGCUAGGUUUGAACGACUGGAUCUAUGAACAGGCCCAAAAAGAGAAAGCCGAAGCCUCGAAAUCUAGCGCCUGAUAAUUCC